AUGGCACCUCCGGCUACAGUGGCGACGGAGUCGUCCAAUACGUCAUCGCCAGCGACCUCAACUCCCCCACAGGCAAUCGUCUGCAAUUCGGAGACCAAACUGGAAGAGUGGCCUUACCCCAAACUACCCCCUUUGACUAUCGAUUACGUCGAGCUGCGGUACCCUCAAAUUGCCAUUUUCCACAAUGUGAGAAAUCAACCCAUCGUGCGGUACACGUGGCGAUCAACUGCGGGACCUGCGCGUGGCGCCGUUGUUCUGCUUCACGAUCAAGGAACCCAUACUGUAUUUGAAUGGCUCAGGCACCUGCCCCCUCUCUCAAAAGAAGAGCGCCGUCAGAUGGAAGAAGAUCCGGAGGCAUCGGAGUUUGAAAAAAAAGAGUUUCUCCGCCUGCGUAACGCGUCACACUACGACGGUUCCUGGGUGGAAAAAUUCAAUGAAGCGAGUCUAGAUGUGCACGCCAUAGAUUUGCAGGGUCACGGCCUCUCUAAGGUUGUGGAAGGCAAACACUACCAGUUGCCUCCCAGCUUUGACGAAUUCGCGGAAGACGUCUGUUGGCUCCUUGAGGAGGUCUGUCGCCAUUCGACCCUUCCCAUCUUCCUCAUUGGACAGGGUUUGGGGGCAACGAUUGCAACGCGCGCGACUGAGCUGCUGGCGCGCCAGGGUAAACUGGGGAAACCCCACGUCAGCCGAUCUACGUCAUCGGAUGCACAAGACGCUGGAGAGAAUUCGGCUACACCGGAGACAUCGGCAAAGGACCGCGACGACGCCCCGGGCCUGCAAUACGCCACUGACCCACAGUAUUGCCGCCACAAGGGCAAGGGAAAGAAAGAUGUUCCCACGCAGCACAUCACCGUACAAGCACGGCCCAUUCCUAUCGCUGGACUUGUGCUGCUGUCCCCACUGCUCACGCUGAAAGAACUUUCCCCUGAGGAAAUGCAUAAGAACAAAGGUGCACAAGACGAGGGCAUCAUGUCGAAGAUAGCGCGCUGUUUCGGAUCGAGCGGCCACGGACCGGGCCCGUUGGCUGGCGUCUUAGGCUGCCGCAUGCAUCAGAAAAACCCGUUGAUGCCAGACUAUAACGUGUGGUACCAGCGAGACACUAUGACGCUCAAGGGCCUGACCUCGUACACCUUAUACCAACAGAUUCAGCAAGGGAUUGACUCAACCGUGCGGGAUGCCCGAUGGCUUCUGACACCUGUCGAGCGCGACUCUGCACAUACGUUUUCUUUGAAAGACUGGCAGGAAAAGCAUCGAAAAUGGAUGGAAAUGAUGCGUGCACAACAGUCUAACCUUUUAGCCGCGCUGGUUGCAAGAAAGCGGCAAGGCGAGCCCGAGGUCCCUGACCUUGCUCCAUGGCUCAAAGACGAGGACGCGGACAAGAAGCCAUGGCGACUACAGCCGCAGGCAGCAGCUGCACAGGGUGACGAGGAAAGCAUCGGAGAUGAGCCUGAUAAGAAGUGUCAGAGAGAGCGCGCCAAGCUCGCGUUUUAUCUGAACGUACUGUUGGUUCAGAGCCUUGAAGACUCAACCGCUCUUCCACGCGGCACUGCUUACUUCUUCAAAAGGAUUGGCGGCCGCAUACAGGCUUCGAGAGAGGUUCUCUCUCGUCUCGGCGAACUUCCCGAGGAGAGCAAUCGACUUGGUGCAUGCUUCUCUUGCGGGCAGCAGGAUCUUCGCCUUGGAAGCGGGGGUGAAAUCGCAGAUCUAACAGCCCUUGAUGGUGAUGACGAAGGGUGGGUUGAGGUCGUUUCAGAUCGUUCAUUCCGGGAAGCCACGGCUGCUCGGUCUUUCCAGGUUCCCUCCUCCAAAGGUGCCUCUACGACUUCUUUGUCACAGGUCAGCGGUCGAUCUCCUGCUGGGACGCCAGGCGCCCAACCACAGCCAGCUCAAACAGACACUGAAACACGCUCGGCCACUGUUUGUGGCAAGGAGUCUACACAGCAGCAGGAAGAGCCCAAGCCGCAAGUCUCCACAGAAGGAACUGAAACGGACUCAGGAGCACCCGCCACUUUGCUUAAAAGAGAAGACGCGAAAAGUGAGGCAGAAACACAUGCGGUUGUCGAAGCCAAGCCACCAGCGGGAGACGACGAAGGUGUCCAGGAGCGCGUGCAAAAACUCGUGGAGGCGAAUAAGCGCCUCGAUCAGGAUCUUCAGCUGACAACUAAAGAAAACUUCGAAGAUGACUUGGUGCGUUUCGGUACGACUGUUCGACCCGCGUAUAUGGUGCGGGCUGACUCGCUGGCAGACCAAGAGGAGAAAGGUGAUUUCGUUAGCGUGGAAGAAGUCAAGUGGGUAAAAGAGGUUCCUGCGAGAGGUACUGGGCUUUUGGCUUGCUGUGGAGUGUCUAGCACCCGAGUAAAACGCGUCGAUGUAGUUGAGGCGAAGGUGAGGCUGGUAGACAAGAUAGUCAUGAUGGAAGCGACGGAUGCAGUGAAGGCCAUGAUUGACGAGAUCGAGGAGCGUGAGUGUGCCGAAAAAGAAAAGGCAAGACAGAAGACUGAGCAGCGCAACUGGCUUCUGAACUGCAUCGCGGGUGGGGAGCCGAUUGAAAAACCUGCCACAGAGCCGAUACUCUACACUCAGAAGAAGCGCUGGAGACGGGCGCAAGGCGUAAUUGUGGACGAAGAUGGUCAAAAGGUACCAGUGGAGGAAGUGGAACGCCUGCGCAAGCAAAAGCCUGAAGAUUACAUGCGCCUGUUUUUCCGUUACGGAGCGGCAACCAGCGGCGACAACAACGCGCGCACGGCGCUUUGGUUGGUUCAGGACAUGUAUCAUUCCCUUUGCCAGGAGGACAAAAAGUGCCACCUUGUAUCGAAGCUCCUCGAUCAGUGGAUUUUGCCGAUCUUGCAAGAUUUGGAGGAAAGUGAGGUGAUUUGGCGAGAAGCGGCACACGCAGAGACCCCGGGUGACCAAUAA